AUGUCUGCGCAAGACUUUGACGGCGCCCUCGCCAUUGCAGAUGAGACAGCGUUCGCCCAGCAGCUCGACGACCUCAUUUCCAGGCCUCAGGGAGCACCUCCCGGCAUAGCUCUCGCCCACGUCGCAGAGAAAUACCUAAGAGCCUUCGCCGAUGACUCUACGUCCUAUUACAAACGGCGGUGGAUUGGUAUAACUCUUCGGCAUAUGGUUGACACUCCUCCAGUUGUCAAACAUCUCAAGACUCGUCCACAGGGACUUCACCAGCUUGGAGCAAUCAUAGCCAAGGAUACUGAAUUGGAAGAGACCAAAAUUGUGGCUGGUAUCACUAUUCGACAAGCUCUUCAAAAUGGUAUCAAGUUCGCCAACUGCUGGCCCUCGCCAAAGAUCCCAAACAACGCCCCCAAUUUCCCGACAGAUUCGAGCGGAACAUGGCUUACCGACUUCCAACAAUACCUUGACACUCUAGAGCGUGAACUACACCUUAUCCCAAAGUCCAAGACUGAUCCUGCUGUGCUGUAUCCGGUAUCGCUUAUCGCUUCUGAUGGCUUUAAACAAGCGGCUACUGUGAUGCUUUCUGUUAUCCAAUAUCGAUCUGUUACGCUCAUUACAUCGGAUUAUUCCCCUCGAAACCUUGGCUUCGUCGACGUACCGCUCCGGCAUAUACAUGACAUCCGCCUGCAGAAGUCAUCGCUACAUGAUUCCCAAGCAAGGACAACGGAACAUGAGCCUUGGGAUAUUGUCUUAACCCUCAGACAUGGCCAAUGGACAUACCGCGUGAACGCUGAGCAUCACGAUGGAAGCGAGCUCACGAUCUUACUCCAGGGCUAUGCUGAUGCUAAGGAAUGCGAAAGUUGCAUCAAAGAGGCGAUUGAUCGUCUAUCAACAAUCCAAGCAUCUUCCAGUAGCCAAAUCCUAGAUGCAAGCGUUUCUGGGGACAGUAAUACACAACGGGCUGACCAUGGCAGUCACAUACCUAGACGUGCAAAAUACAGUGUCCAAGUCACAGAUGUAGGCUUUUCCACAGGACGCAGGACUCAAGAGGUUGCCCAACCGAAUUUUGAACCGAGCCUGGCGUUGCUAAAUGGCGACUCAAACAAAACUGGAUCCACUAGGGGUAUUGAAGAACCUAAGUGGAGCCCUAACGCAUGGGGUCUCUCACCAGAAAUAGCACUCGUAAACCCAAAUACAAAUCCCAACAAUUCUGGGCCUGAUCAGGAGCUAGAACGACCUGGGGAUGGGGACGCGAGCUCUUCAGGGCCACGACCGGUCAAACUCAUCCAUGACGUAGUUUCCUCUGCGGAGAGAUCGACUUCCAUGCCCAAAAAUGAUCCGGUGAAUGAACCGCAAAUUCAGGUCCUUGAAAACACUGGAAUACUGAAGAAGGCCCAGCGAAAAUCUGCUCCCGGUGCACUUCCGGUAAUCAAGAAGAAACCCUCACGCGCACACGAUCAGACUGAGGGAACUAGUCUUUGCGUUCGAGAAGAUAUGGACGAGUUUGGGUUCCCAGACGAGCCUCCAAGGAUAAAACGAUCUUUGGCAACGGGCAAGGAAUCGCCGAGAACGAAGUUCAAACCCACUACAGCUGCGUCUCGACCGCCCUGUGGAUCUAUUGGGAAAGCGAAACUAAUCAGGCCAAAGCCCAAACCUACCCAAAGGCAGCAAUUCAACGACACAGAAGACGACGAGGAUCCUCUUAACACGCAUAAAGCACAACUAACAGAAGUUAUACAGAACCGUUCUAGUGAAGCCAUGGAUAUUAGCAGAACUCCUCAAAUCACCGAACCCAAAGAAAAACGAGAAGAGAUCAAAUCUGGAUUGAAGCCUUCCAGGUUGCCGAAGGUAUCAAAGGCGACGACGAGCGAACGUGGCUCUCGAAAGAGGAAGCGUCCCAGCGAAGACGUCUUCACCAUCCCUCCUGACGAGGAGCCAAGAGGAAAGCGUCACACAAGGCGAGAGGCCGCGAAGUCGGUGGACUAUAACGAAGCCGAAAGCUCUGGGUAUGGUGGCUCUGAAUCGGAUUAUACUGAAGCUAAGCCGGCAAAAUCUCGAUCCGCAGCCAUGACAUCCUCUACACAAAAGGUCACUAGCAAAACCCAAACAGGAAAGGCUUCAGCCCCGAAGAGUAGUGGACGAGGAGAGGCUUCCAGAGCCUCUGAGGUAGAAGAUAUUCUUGUGUCUCCGGGAGAGAAUUCCAUUGUGGCCAAGAUGCUUUCCAGAUCGCAACCAGCCACACAGGACGUGCCAAAGAAGACGAAAGGGAACUCUAGCAUGCGGCCUAUCCAGAAGAUACAAGUCUCCAAGGUAGCUAAGAAAGAGCCACAAAGUGUCCAAGGGCAAGCUAUAAAGAAGAAUGGCCAAUUUUCCCAAGACCAGCCGGAGAUCAUCAUGAUCGAUUCGUGUUCUGAGAGUUUGGAUGAGACGGACAGCGGUGGGGAGGACAUUGAUCUCGGAGGCGCCUGCAUACAAGAGAUUCCAGUCGCUCGGCCCACAACAAGCCAAGACUCUGCCUCUUCGAAUGAGCUACCGCUAACUGUACCCAUUUUAUGCCGUUCGCCUCUUAAUGCUAUCAAUAGAUCACAAGCGUUAUUACCCACGGCUUCACCGAAGCAAUCGGCCGAAUACUCCUCUCCAUCAACACCGAAAGCAAAGCGGAUGAAAGAAUUCCAUACUAGGGAGCCUAAAAAUCCAGACGUCACGAAGAAAACUUUCAAGAAUCCACUUGUAACUGUCGCCCCACCACGACUUUUGGAAGACCCUACCAGCCCUUGCCCUGACACCCAAUGUGGACGCCAAGCGCCAAACCUGCCUUCUGCCAACCAGUCACUGGGUAAUCUAAUGCAGAGCUUGGAUUCUUCUCCUCGAGGAAGUGAGGAUGCCGCAUCUGUAGUGCGACGAGGUCAGCACGGACCAUCACACAAGAUGGAGACCUUGGAGGAGGCGGAAAUGACCAAAACUCCCUCACAUCUACAUCCGCAACGCAGGUAUUCGGGUGGCUCAGUAAGCUCAGAGAUUCUAUCCAGCAAUAAUAAGCCUGUUCCUGCAUCGCCACACUCAGACUCUAGAGCUAUAUCUGGUCACGCGGAGCGAGAGCAUGUGGAAAUGGAAAAAGAGAUUGGGGAAUGGGAGACGGCAAAGAGCGAUCCCUUCAAGCAGCGAUCCAAGUGGAAACCCCGAACCACAUCUUUUACUCGGCGUCUGACGGAGGGGACCACUGUUAUUGAAGAGCCUGAGCUACCAGAAGAAUCGCCACAGAAGUUCAGGAAGCGAGCGAUUGCUCAGGACCCUGUGGCACCCGAAGUUAUCUAUGAGAGCCGCUCCUUCCGAGUACCUUUGAAACCAAAAGGCUCAACACAAAAAAGAAAUGCACGUAGCCAAGUCAUAGUUGAUAGCACUUCUAAACAUCGACACUCUCGCCAAUGUGCCUUCUCGAAAGUGGACAAGGGACCACCAGCGCCGGAGCACCUUGAUAUAAACCUCGAGGAUUCCGAACGGGAAGCACCACGACAAGUUAUUGAGGAGAUGCAACCCCAGGAUGUCUUUCCAACAAGAGAAGAUUAUUUGGACAUUGGUGGCGACGACACUCUUGUUGCUUAUGAGGAAGAACCUCCUACCAUUCUCAACGCGUCGCCGGUACAGUUCCGAUCAUCACCACCUUCACAAUAUCCGCCUAGCAGUCAUAGCUCUACCUCCGCCGAGAUAGAGCAAGGCUCGGAGUCUUCCAUCCCGACCGAAGUGGCUGAAGAGAUGGAGUGGGAGGCGAGCCUGCAGCCCCACCAACGAGCAAUCGGAGAACAGCUGAUUCGCAUUUCAAGGCGUGUUCUGCGCCACAUUGUGGAUAACGAAACGGCAGUGAACGAUAUUGCGGAAACCUACGCCCGAGACGGAGAGCACUUGCUGAAAACACUUAUUGAGCGUCACAGUGGCGAGCUUGAUGGCUUGUUUGAAGGCGUCGAAAAGAAGAAACAGGGAAUGAAGAAGGAUUUUGAACUGAUGGCUCAGAGACUUGCUAAAGAGCGGAAGCAUUUCCAAGAGCACCCUAAGGCUAUUCCUGGUCGCAGGGAGGGUGAAGUGCGAACUUGGAACAAGGGGAAAGUUGUACGGAUUUGAGGUAGGCGGGGAUGUAUUUCUACUGACCCCGAUUGACUAUUGGGAGGGACCGUUGCUACUAGGAGUGGUACAUCAUCCCACUGCCUUCUCCGAAUCUCUAACAGCCACCUCAUCUUCCAAUCUCCUUCAAACGAAAGUGGUUCUCUGCCAUAUCUCCGUUUACAAUACAUUGCUAUUCCUACCGCUGUCGAGGGUGCAGCCUCCACAUCAGGAUUGUUUCCAGCUACGGAUGAUGUAUGACGGAUAAAAUCGGAUACCGGGAUGUGGUGUUUUCCAGAACAAGACAUGAUUCUUAUGAACACAGAGAGUGUGUGAUACAUAUUGGUGUGGUUGUUGGAGUCUGCGAUACUCACUGGCUCCUGUUUUAAAUGGUGCCUGCACAUUCAACGUCACACUCCCAACAGCUGGGUUCUAAUUG